AUGGAUCCGCUUUCAAUAUCUGCAAGUGUAGCCGGCCUCACGGCAAGCUGCCUACAGACAGCGAAAGCGCUGCGCGAUCUCAAGGACAAAUUCGACAACGCUAACCUCACCAUCUCUGCAAUAUGUACCGAAACAACAUUGAUAUCCGCGUCCAUGUCUCAUAUCCAGAGUUGUAUAUUGAAAGAUCCAGAUGCCGUAUCGGAUAAGCUGCAGAGCCACCCUAGUCUUGAGUCAACUUUGGACCAGGCACUGACAGGCUGCUAUGUGGUUUUCGAUGUCCUUGAGAGCGAGAUCUCGAAGCUGACAGAAUCGGAGGUACUACAAACUUCAGUGGAUUUAAAGUUUACUGCCAAACUUCGCUAUCUGUGGAGUGAAAGUACGAUGAAGGAGCUUUUGGGCCAGAUGCGUGGUCUUCAGACAGCACUUGGCUUCAUUAUGCAGUUACUGGGAGUUGGCACAAUAACGGAACUCAAAAAGUUGAUGGAUCAGAAUACGGCCAUCCUCAACGAGGUAGCCCAGCAUACUUCCCGCAUCUCUGCGUCUGCCAAUAAAGUUUCGCGAGCACCGAGGUCCAUCUACGAUAUGUCCUUCAAGACCCUCAGCAUUUCUGAGGAUGAAGCUUCACUUUAUAGCUCGAGACUGUUUACCUUUGAUGAUGAGGUAGUCAACUCAACUGCCUAUCGUCAGGUUCUGGCAAAGGCUUAUGCUCGGGAGAGACACACGGGUUCUGAAAACUCGAACGACGCGGCGGAUGUCCAGGGAGAAGAAGAAGUAUCUUUAAACACAGAUGUGCAGGACACCUCUGGUAUGUUGAUGGCAAAAUGCCGAUUCGGGGGUUCGAAUCAAGAGUUUGCCGAAAAGACAUUUAGCUUCCAUCACCGGAUUUACCAGUUGCACAAAACCUUCCUAUAUGACCCACUACUCAAGAGGCAAGAGACCGAAGGGCCUUGGAUCACUAACUUCCCCGAUAUAUUUCAAGGAUGGCUGAGUGAAGCCACUCCGAUUUAUCUGGAAUUCUGUGGUUUGUAUCCCCGCCUGCACUCUGCAAUCAAGGUCGAGGCUACGAAGAGUUCCUACUUCCAAAGAUUUCUCAACCAGACACGGGAUCACAAAUUUGGCAGAAGGCUGGGCUGGGAUACAUACAUGAAGAGCCCGAUCGUCCGCAUUCAAAGGUACCCAAUGCUACUUGCCCAUAGUCUUAGGUACAGUGAGCAGACCGAUGAGCGGCACGGAUAUCAAGCGAUAGAAAAUGUGAUUCUGGAUCUCCAGAAUCUCGCUCGAAAGUGUGGUAAUGAGAUUGAAAGGGCUGAGAAAGAAGUGCGAAUUGAGAGACUGCGCGCGCAGAUAAAUUACACACUAAAAGAUGGGGUUAUCUCGCCGCAUGCAAACAUCCUCUUCGACGAGGAUCUGUCAUACCAGAAACGUGGCUUUGGAAGACUCACUCAAUUAAGAGUGGUUAUUCUGGGCGGCCCCGGCGUCCAUUCAAUGAUACUCAUCUUGAGCAAGAUCUCCAACCUGACUCAAAUAAAUGAUGAUACCGACUCGUAUGAGUUGGUCGAACAGUUUGACCCUCGAAACCCUAUCACACUCUAUCUCACGUCCAGGGAGAUUGUCAAAGAGCAGUUUAACCUAGUUUUCUCCCAAGAUGGCCACCAGCCUGACUUGAAACUGGGUUGCACUAGCCUCACAAGUGUAACAGAACUUUUCAAGGCCGUGGGGGCCAUUGGUGGAGAAGUCAGAGAUAUGAAUCGUGGGGUUACUCUCCGCGAGAUUCUGAGUAAGAGCGCCAUCUCCCGGGCCUUGACGACCCCAAAGAGUGAUAAUGCGACAAUUUGGCUUCUAGGCUACUCGCACCUCAUCCCGCCGGAAAUCGCCAUUUCAAGAAAAAUGGGUUCAUCCUCUAAAAAGCCUCUUGACAUUGAAUAUGCGGAACAGAUGCAAUGCCAUCCGUACGGCACUGCCCUGUAUCGCCCUCAACCCCGCGAUACAUUUCAUCCGGGAAUGGUGGGAUAUUUCAACGACGAUGGGGACUGGAAUCCUAUAAUCGAUCUUUCGCAACGCUCACAGCCACCAUUCACGCAAUCUGCGUUUACAGCCUCACUCGCACUACCCGAUGAUCUUCCCGCCAUGGCGACACCAGAGGAACAUACCUGGGGCCCGAAGUUGGGCAAUACCACACGCGUUCGCCAAAUCGAUCUGACAGCAGGUAUAUCGCAGAGUGCGCUCUUGGCCGCUGCGGGUGUGCCUUUGAGCUUGGGGUCAUGCUAUCGGUUCGAAAAUAAAGAGUCCACUGGUGCGGUGCUCAUCACCGGUGCCCCGAUUAAGCAUGAGAGGUUUUACCACGCGACACCCUUCAAGCGAUGGGUCGCGUCAAAUGCUAAACAGCUUUUGACUGAGAGAGCUGAACUAAAAGAUCAUGCGCUGUGGGUGAUCACGAGUAUCUGGACCGCGGAGGAGGCGGCUGUGAACUGCUGGCGGGAACGCCAUCGAGCUGUUGACGUCGGGUUCAACGUCGGGUUUGUGGAAAUCGGUGAGCUUGCUCCUAAGGGGGGCUGGGUUGAUAGCGGGUCUGCAGAGGGGUGGAUACGAGUGAAGGGGGAUGAAGGUACAGGGGGUCGAAGAGUAGUAUUCUUCGGAGGACUCAAGUUCAAAUACAGACCUAUUAUCGGGGGACUCGGGUCGCAGAAUAAACGCACUACAUUCAGGGGUGACGCGACAGAGAAGGAAACCGUGGAAGCCUCCCUGAAAACAGAUGAUGGUAUGGAAUAUGAUCUGUCUUGCGAAGCUGUUCUUGAAGCUGCGUCCUAUCGGCCUCCUCAAAAUGGGGAUGGGCAGGAAGAGGAGCAUGACGAGCUCGAAGUUGAUGACGAUGAUGAUGAUUGGUGA